UAAUGUCAGAUAUUGAUUAAUGGAUAGAGACUUUAAAAAAUGGAGAAAAUCUAAAAGAAACAGAUGUCAAAAUAUUAUGUAACAAAGCUAAAGAUAUACUUAAUAAUGAAGAUAAUGUAAUAAGAGUUGAAGCUCCAGUGACUGUAAUUUAAUUAUUAUUAUUAUUUAGAUUUGUGGAGAUAUUCAUGGAUAAUUUUAUGACUUAAUGGAAUUAUUUAAAGUAGGAGGAGAUGUACCAGAGACUAAUUACUUAUUUUUGGGAGAUUUUGUAGAUAGAGGAUAUAAUAGUGUUGAGACAUUUUUAUUAUUAUUGGCUUUGAAAGUGAGAUAUCCUGAUUAAAUUACAUUGUAUGAUAUUAAAUAUCAUUAUAGAAUACGAGGAAAUCAUGAAUCAAGAUAAAUAACUUAAGUUUAUGGAUUCUAUGAUGAAUGUUUAAGAAAAUAUAGUACUUUGAAUGUUUGGAAGUAUUGCACUGAAGUUUUUGAUUAUUUGGCUUUGGCAGCAGUGAUUAAUGAUAAUAUAUUCUGCGUUCAUGGUGGUUUGAGUCCUUAUAUCAAAACAAUAGAUGAAAUUAGAAUAAUCAAUAGAAAAUAGGAAGUACCUCAUGAAGGAGUUAUGUGUGAUUUAAUGUGGUCAGAUCCUGAUGGUUAAUUAUAAUAUAUAAUGUUAUAGAAAUUGAAGGAUGGAGUUAAAGUGCCAGAGGUGCAGGUUUUGUAUUUGGUGCUGAUGUUGUAAAAGAAUUUAAUCGUAGAAAUGGCAUUUCUUUAAUUUGUAGAGCACAUUAAUUAGCUAUGGAAGGAUUUAAAUUAAUGUUUGACAAUUCAUUAGUCACUGUUUGGUCUGCUCCAAAUUAUUGUUAUAGGUUUAUUUUUUAAUUAAUUAUAUAUAUAUAGAUGUGGCAAUGUUGCUUCUAUUCUUGAGUUGGAUGAGAACCUUAAGAAAUAUUACAAAUUAUUUGAGGCUGCUCCAACAGAUAGAGCAUCAAAUUCAAAAAAAGUUAUUGCAGACUAUUUCUUAUGA